AUGCCAAGCACUCCCAAACAAAAGAAGAGCCAAUCUCUUCCGAACUCUCCAUCAUCCAACAACAAGACCAUGACUCAAACACCAUCCAAAAACAACAAUCAAGUUUCAACACUCACCAUUGAGAACAACCAUCAUGAUGGUUCUUCUUCUUCUCAUCGGAACCCAAUGAAUGAAGAAGACCUUCGACAAUCUCUCACCACCAAUCCUACCACCACCACCACCUCUACCACUGGUACUACUUUAACAAAUUCCAAUUCCACACCUGAUACUACUACUACUUUAACAAAUUCUACACCUCUCAAAUGUAUCUUUUCAACCACACACAACAUUGAUAGUAAAUUCAAACUCUUGGAAAGUGUGGAUGAAAUUAUUGAUUUAAAAUCCUCUCAACAACAUGAUUCUGAAUAUAUUCUGACUCUUUGUAAGAGAAAUAGUGGUUCGAGUGAUGAAUUCUAUACUCUUACUUUCACUCCACAAGAUUUGAAAAAAGAUUCUUUUUCUCUUGUGAAAAUUCCAAACAAGAUGAAAAUUUCAAAAUCAUCGACGAUUCAAUUUCAAAAUGAAUAUAUUGAUAUCAAUCAAGAUCAUGUGUUGCAUACAUUGAAAGGAACAUCAUUGACCAUUUCUUUAAAGAAGUAUAUUUUGAAAUAUUCCUCAUCUCUUGAUACCAUAGAAUACAAAUAUAGUAAUUCUCAAACAUUGCUAUAUUUAGAUACAAGUAGUAAUACUCUCUAUUCAUUGAAUUAUAUUCAAAAUAUACACUCACCACUUGUUACAUUCAAGAAGGAAUUUAAGAAUAUUUCAAUAUUUGAAUAUGGACAUGUCAAUAAUCAUCCAUCCAACAAUGAUGUGAUGAAUAAUACUUUAAUGACUCACAACACUGAAAUCUAUUAUGUGGUAUCCAUGCAUGAUGAUCAUUCCAAUUAUUAUAUACAAAUUUGGAAUUCUACCUUUAAUAGUGUGAUGAAAUAUUCAAUCUUGACUCAACAAGAUUCAAUGAUUCUCUCAUAUCAACAUCCAUAUCUAGCAACCUCACAAGGUCUAUUUAAAUUAUUCAAAUUCACACCCAUUCCAUUUACUAAACCUAUACAAUUAAGAAAUAGACAUUUAACAAAUCAAUUUAUUGAAAUACCAAAACAAGAACAUUCCGGAUUUGUUUAUUCCAUUCAUGACUCCACUCAAUGGAAUCAAGUAGAACAAGAAAUGAUAAUGAAAAAGAAUAACUUGCUGAGACUCAUUUCAAAUCAAUCCUUGUGUGAAUGUAUCAAACAAUUGCCAUUAAUUGAAUAUUAUCAUAUUUUGUUGGAAUAUAUUUAUCAACAAUUGAUGAAUAAUAGUACUAGUCCUUUCUUCAGUAGUGGUACUACUACUACUAGUGCUAGUAUGACUACUAUGAACAACAACAACAACACUGGCACUAGCACUUCUUCACUCUUAGAUGCACUCUUUUAUUUACUUUCUAAUUCUAUUCCAAUUCAAAAAUCAAACAUUUCCAUCAUGAAUUCCUUGAUUCAAUUCUUGUUAGAGAAUUAUACUCCAUCUCAUAGACCAUGUUUAGAUUUAAUAUUGCAAUUGAACAUGUUAAAUGAUGAACAAAUAAUAUCCUAUUUGAAUGUUUAUGGAAAUGACAAGUAUGAAUAUGGUAUUCAAUUAGUACUCAAUACUCAAUAUAGAAAUGUACAAGUAUUGAGCAUGAUGAAACACAUGAAGGUAUUAUCAUUUGAUAUUAUUGAAAUGAUUUUGAGAAUAUUGAGUGGAAGAGAAUGUGGUGUAUUGGAAGAUCAUUGUGAUUCAAAAAAGUACACUCCAUCCACCACCAGUACCACCACUGGCAAUACCACCACCACCACUAUUGAAGCCUGUGUGGUAUGGACUCAAGUAUUAAUUCAUUCCCAUUUUGGUGAUUUUCUACGAAAAAAGGAAUGUUUGGAUCUAGUUCAAGAGAUUCAAUCAAGAUUGAAUGAACAUGUUCGUGAAUUGAAACAAUUGUCAUUGGUCAAGAGUGAAUUGGGUGUCAUUACGAGUGGAAUGACUCUACCAAAGAGAAUUAUCCUCUCAAGAGAAGAAAACAACAAGACAAAUGCCAUUCAUAGUAGUAGUAGUCAUUCGAAUGGUGGUGGUGGUGGAUUGUCUUUGAAUGGAGCACAUUGGAAUUCCAAUGUUGGAGAUUAUCCUCGACGUCGUGUGAGCAGCAGCACUACCACCAACACCACUAACACCAGCAGCACUACCAAUAAUACUGUCGUGGUGGAUGACUAUCAUGUGAGUGUGAAUGUCUAUUAUUAA